CACAUCCGGCGAGUGAGUUUUUUUGUUUUUUUGUUUUCCCGUAUCCGCCAUUUCAGUUUUUGAAGUUAGUUCUCAUCGGCCGCUGCGUUGAACCAGGAAUUCUCCCCUCUUUUUUAAAAAAAAUACUAAAAAAAAAUCCCGGCUGUAACUUUUAAAAACAUAUCUACAUUCCACUUCCGGGUUCCGGUCCCGGAGCAGCGUUGAUGUGCAGACGCGCUGGCUGCGGGUGUGUUCUGCUGGUUCACUCAUGGCCGGACAUUUCGACGCGGAGGACCGAGGCAGCUGGUUCUGGGGCCGGCUGAGCAGGCAGGAGGCGGUGUCCCUGCUGCAGGGCCAGAGACACGGAGUGUUCCUGGUGCGGGACUCCAUCACCAGCCCCGGAGACUGCGUGCUGUCCGUGUCGGAGAACUCCAAAGUCUCCCACUACAUCAUCAACAGCGUCAUCAACAGCGGAGGAGGAGGAGGAGGAGGUUUGGCCCAGCCGAGGUUCCGUAUCGGCGACCAGGAGUUCGAAGCUCUCCCCGCUCUGCUAGAGUUCUACAAAAUCCACUACUUGGACACCACCACUCUAAUAGAACCCAUCAACAAGUCCAAACACACCUCCUUCAUCAGCGUGGGCCCCGGCGGACCCCCUCCCCGCCUGGAGGACGAGUACGUCCGGGCGCUGUUCGAUUUCCCCGGCAACGACGAGGAGGACCUCCCGUUCAGGAAGGGAGAUGUCCUCCGAGUGCUCGAGAAGCCGGAGGAGCAGUGGUGGAACGCCCAGAACUCUGAGGGCCGGGCCGGGAUGAUCCCGGUGCCGUACGUUGAGAAGUACCGACCGGCGUCUCCUAAUUCGGUGGCGGCGGCGGGGGGGCCCGGGGUGCCUGGGGGCCCGCCGGGAGGAAUGGGGAUGCUUGGGAACUCUGACGGCUCAGCGGCCCAGGCCGGCCCUCCGUUGCUGGGCGACCCGAGCCAGUACGCCCAGCCCACCCCUCUACCAAACCUCCAGAACGGACCUGUCUAUGCCAGGGCCAUACAGAAGAGGGUGCCCAACGCCUACGACAAGACCGCCCUGGCUUUAGAGGUGGGCGACCGGGUGAAGGUGACCAAAAUAAACGUGAACGGCCAGUGGGAGGGCGAAUGUAAAGGCAAGCGUGGCCACUUUCCCUUCACGCACGUCAAACUGCUGGACCAGCACAACGCCGAGGACGAGCUCAGCUGAGGGCGGACGGGUCAGGCCCGCUACCUGGACACUAGUAUUAGACCCUCCCCCGACCUACCUCCCUUUUCCUCCCAUUCCACACACUCACCCCUCACGCCUUCUCCGGGUUUUACAGUUUCAGAGAAUCACAUGAGAACAAAACAAACGUCGGACCCUUGUGACGAACACAUCCUCUGUUUCUACCCCCUCUGAAUAUUCAUCCAUCGCCUGCUCCGACGGAUACUCUCAAACAGAAACCUCCUGUUUCACGGGUGAGGCGACGCCCCUUCAUCCUCCUCCCCCCUCCUCCCUCGUCACGCCGUGGGCACGCUAUCAACACGCUAUCAACACGCUCCUCGCCGCAGAGUUUUCCACCACUUCCUUCUUCCUGUGUUGGAGCCGGAGAGAGAGAGAGAGAGAGAGAGAGAUAACGGCCUCCGCUCUCUUGUGUCGUCUUUACAUCCUCGUCCUCGCCCGUCACCAUGGUUACAGCUCUGUAGGAUCACCCGUGCUGCAUUCAUUGUCACGUUGGGAGUACACUAACACCGUUUCCAUCUGUUCUGUCUCGUUUAAAGCCGAUCCAGGUGCUGUUAUUGGUUUAAUUAUUUGUUUACUUUAUUAUAAAAUAAGAUUUUUCAUUUUAUUUUUUUUUGCCAAGAGCUGGAUGAGAAGACAGAUAUUUCUCAGGUUCCACCGGCAGCCGCUCAGCGUAGCUUAGCAUAAAGACUGGAAGCAGGGGGAUACUGCUAGCCCAGGGCGAACAAAACAGAACCCACCUACCAGCAGCUCUGAAGCUCACUAAUUAAAACGUCCUAUCCAAAAGAAUGUCAAGAUGAAUAUUGUGUGCUGGACCAGUUGCCAGGCAACCAGCGCCCUGCCAAGAAAUAGUCAAAGCACGUAAUCUUCAUCUUGAUGUUUUUCUGUAACUCAAAUAAUAACUAGCAUUUUGGACAGAGCUAGGCUAGCUCCCCUCUUCUCCCCCCUACUUCCAGGGUUUAUGCUAAGCUAAGCUAAUAUACAUGUACUAUACAAACAUGAGAAUCGCAUCAAUCUUCUCCUCUAACUCAGCAAGAAAGUGAAUGCUAAGCGUAUUUUCCAGCUAUUCUUCUCAUCCUGAUCUGCUUGUCUCACUGACUUGAUGUCUUUGUUCAGUUGGAUUAAAGACACAGGAGUCCUGACUAAUAUUUAACUCUAAAAGGUAGCUGAGUACAAGAUUUGAAGGGGUUAACAACGCCUAACAUUUACAGCCUGAAAACUGAACUGAACAAUGUUUUCUGACGGAGUUCAACACUUAUCUUUAGUUGUUAAAGGGAGCGUUGGUAAUCUUGAGAAACCAGUAAGAGUAAGCUAGAUUUUUGAGAGUUAUCCAACCACAAAAAAACCAAGCUAAGUGUUGCUAACUCUUUUACAUGAAAGUAGCCGUGCAUGCUACUAAAAUCACUAAAACUAGCGAGAAAGUCGUCAACACUCACAGUCCGUCCCUUCAGUUCUCUAAAAACACUCAAAAUUAUAACUAUGAACUAGUGCUGCAACGGAUCAUUAAACUCACGAUUCCCAUGCUUUCAGAGGGAACACACCAUGAACACAUCAUGAUAACGAUGAAAUGUUACCUUCGCCCAUGACUAAUUUUCUCUGAUCAGAGCCUGAACGCAUCAUAAUGUAACUGAAUGGAACCUCCGUCUGUCAGCAUUAUCAGAGAUCAGAAACUAGAAAAGCAUAAAAGAUGUCUUGAUCUGAAAUUUAACAGAAUAUUGGAGGAUAACGAUCGUCAGUAAAACUUUAUUUCACACUGUGAUGUUAACGUUAAACCAUAUCCGCGUGAAGGACUGUGAGGUGAUCCGUACAGAUCGACAACGGUCCGUCACAACACUAGUUAUUACAGUCCUGCAACAACUACAGAAACCAGAGCAUUUGAUUCAUUGAUCGCUGUCGGGAUGUAAAGAGAAACUCAACAAAAAUAUCCCAACAUGUUCUUCCACAAAGAUUACCCACCCCAGCUUUAAAUGUAUUUCUGUCAUUUAAAGUUUUGAUAUAUACCGUUUUUAUUAUUGGACAUGAAUGCAGCAUUAUUUUUAGGGGAUCCCAAGACGAGAGAGCAGCGAGUUUCUUUGUGUUUAAGAAAGAAAUGAAAAACAACCGGAGGAGAAACGAAGCCACCAAACCAAAUAUGAAAACGGAGGAAAACUAAACUGAGAGGAGCAACUUCCUGUAGUUCUAACCUGAGAAAACAUUUGUCGAGGUGGACACAUAAAAAAGGAAACACUACACCCUCGACUCCUUCCACCUCGGCUCACCUCAGCCUCAUCCACCUUCAAACCACCAAGUAGUCUUUUGUAAGAAAAAAAAGAAAAAAAAAUGAACAUAUUGUUAUGAAAUGAUGUACGAUGUGAUUAUCAUUACAUGCUAAAAUAUUCUUUUGUUUGUUAUCUUUGUAGUUUUUCUUCAUAGCUGAUUUUGUCCGGUUUUCAAUGUACACUUUUUACUGAUGCAUGUUGGGAGAGAGCGAACGGUGAAAACUGACUUCUUAAACUCUCACUACACCACAUGUGUAGGCUGAACCGCCAUGUUAGCUAGUUCUGUCUUCUCAUAUUAGCGCUCAGAAAUCAACUCACUGAAUAUAAUACCUUUUUUAGAAAAACAGAUGUGUCCAAGAAAAGUCGUAUUAUUCGGUACCUGUCCUUUAAACCUUUUUUUUUAAUAAUCCCGUUGCCACCUUGCACCGUUUUGUUCUUUUAAUCCUCUUUGUGCUUCCUCACUUUAUCCUCUGCCUCUCUUUUAUUUAAAGCCUUGUGAAGCACACGUGGACAUUUUUUAUAUUCCUUCUGCUGUUUUUUUAACAGCAGAUUACGUCAUAGUCCAGUUUUUCUUUUUCCCUCCCCAUAAGGUUUGUUUUCUGUUAAAUCAAUCUAUUUGUUGACACCUGACAAUCAUCCCUCCCCGUGUAUCAUAAUGCAGACUGGUUUAUGGAUCAUGUGUGUUCGAGUUUCGACCUUGAUUUGAAGUUUGAGCCGUCUGUACAAUAUUUUUUCUGGCCAGUGCACCUUGUCGCCUGUAGGUGUCACUAUAGCCAUUCAGAGAGAAAGGAAGGGAGUAGCCCUCCUCAAAAAUGACAUUUUGCCAGUUCUUAUGAGAUUAGAGGAGAUCAAAUUGGAUUUUUUUUUCAACAAAAUGCACUUACUGCUUCUUUUUUUGUGUGCAUUUUGCUUUUAAGGGUUUUUAAAUAACCCUUGAUUGCUCCCACACAUUGCUCUGAAAUCUGUUUGCCUGAUGAGCUUUGUCCUGCUUUUACAUUUCAUUUUCAAGUUGGUAACCUUCCAGAUAAUAUUUACUAUUUAAAAAUAUUUGGUUUAGGGCUGGGCGAUAUGGAGAAAUGUAAUUAUCACAAUAAUUGUUAUUAAAAUAUUGAUAUUAUGGUGAUAUUACUAGAGUUGACAAUUGGUGCUUCCACAAAAGAUUUUUGUUAAAUAUUAAUCAAUAUUGUGGAUGUUAUGACAAAGAUGGUAAAGGUGAAUAAUAGUAAAGUCUGGUAUGUUAAAAAAAGUACAUGACUUUACUGUAAUGUAGCCUUUAAAACAAGGAAAAGAUGCCUAAAUCGCGAUAUAUAUAUAUAUAUAUAUAUAUAUAUAUAUAUAUGGAUAUAUUGCCCAGCCCUAAUGUGGUUUACUUAUUGAAUAUCUGAUAAAUGAAAGUAACAUUCUUGUUCUACCAGCGUUUGAAUCGGUCCAUUGGUAUCCGUAGUUAUGAUCAAAUCAAGCUUGUCUCUCACUCGCAGGUGCUUGGCAACAUAAAUCAUUACCUUUUAUAAAUUACAUUGCCAAUGAAAACCACCAAGUAUUUUAUUUUAUAUUUUUUACGAGCCCUGCAUGAAGUCAUUCAUUUCCUUUCAUAAAAAGGAAGCGGUGGCAAAACAAAUGCCAGUGGAAAUUGUGUUAAUAUCAAAAAUGUGCCAUUUUAUUAUAACACUAUAUUCUUUCAAGACAAUUGAAAUUACCUUUUUAUUUUCCGUAGCAUGUAAUGUGUUAAUAUACUAGUAAAUAAAGUCAAACCCAUGACAAAUGA